GUUACUCGUCGACUUAGAAACGAACCGUUUUUCGAACGAGACGGCCGCGAUUCCACUCUCCUUUGCAUUUUGUCUCGUCUUGAUCGCGAAAACAAUCGACUAGAAUCUGAGAUCGAGAUCCUGGAGAGGCCAUGGACGGAAGCGACGACGCGGACGGUUCGAUGCACAAAUCGUUCGGGAUAAUCGAUUGUGCCGUGUUUGCUGGUAUGCUCGCGAUUUCGGCCGUCGUCGGUGUGUACCAAGCGUACAAAUCCCGAAAAAACGAAGACGCGGUACGAGAAUACUUAGUUGGCGGACAAAACAUGUCGAUAUUUCCUAUAACGAUGUCUUUGAUAGCCAGCUACAUAUCUGGAAUAACAAUCCUCGGCUUCCCAGCAGAAAUGUACGUGUAUGGAACGCAAUUAUGGUGCGUGGUUAUCGCCGAUUCGUUCGUCUCAUUGACAAUGGCCGUGGUAUAUUUACCAGUAUUUUACGGUCUUGGCAUUACUUCAUCGUACGAGUAUCUCAAUCUGCGAUUCAAUGGCGUCGUUCGAUUUAUGGGCUCCGCGAUAUUUCUGAUAAAAAUGCUGUUGUACAUUCCACUGGUCAUAUACGUUCCUGCUCUGGCGUUCAAUCAAGUUACCGGGAUGAAUCUGCACGCGAUCGCGGUGCUAGUCUGCGCCGUUUGUAUAUUUUACACCACUUUGGGUGGUUUAAAGGCAGUCGUGUGGACUGACGCUAUUCAGACGAUCGUCAUGUUCGGAGGAGUGAUAGUAAUAGCUGUGAUCGGGACCAAUCAAGUGGGAGGAUUCAGCGAAGUUUGGAAGAGGAAUCGCGAUACCGAUCGAAUCCAAUUCUUCGACAUGAAUUUAGAUCCGACGGUGCGGCACACCUUUUGGACCGUUGUCAUUGGCAACUACUUAAACUGGUUGGCAAGCUGUUCCGUCAAUCAAGCGAUGGUGCAACGAUGCUUGGCCAUGCCCAAUUUACGGAACGCUAAUAUAACAAUUGCGAUUAUGGCAAUCGGAAUAAUUACCAUCGUAUCACUGAGUUGUUAUACCGGCAUUGUUAUCUUUGCGGCGUUCCAUGAUUGCGAUCCCAUUUCUACCAAGCAAAUAAAAAAACCGGAUCAAUUAUUGCCGUUCUUCGUGAUGGAAUUGACUGAAUCAAUCCCAGGAUUGCCUGGACUUUUCGUCGCGGGUGUGUUUAGUGCAGCUCUCAGCACGAUGUCAACUGGUUUGAACUCCAUGUCUGGUGUGAUUUAUGAAGACAUGAUAAAACCAUGGCUGCGAAUACCACUCUCUGAAAUAGCAGUUAGCAGAUUAAUGAAAUUGACUGUUGUAUUGACAGGAAUACUUUGCGUAACGCUUGUCUUCCUCGUCGAGAAACUUAGUGGUUUGAUUCAGGCUGGUAAAAGUUUAGCGAGCAUUACAGCUGGACCAUUACUUGGAAUUUUCACAUUAGGCAUGUUUUUUCCAAUCGCAAAUUCUUCGGGAGCGCUGGUUGGAGGUUUAAUAAGUUUGAACUUAGUCGCUUGGAUUUCAUUUGGUACUCAAGCAGCCAUAUCUAGUGGAAAGAUUCAUUUUCCUGUGAAACCAGUAUCCAUCGAAGGGUGUUCAGAAUCACUCAAAAAUCAUGCUACCAAUCUUUCGGUUAUCGUCGAAACUGCGAUCAAAGAACAACCCUUCUUUCUCUACAGAAUGUCAUAUCUUUGGUAUACAUGGGUUGGUUUCUUAACUGCGAUUCUCGUUGGACUUCUCGUUUCAUGGAUUACAGGAUUAAACAAAUGCAAGCCGGGUGACGAAAAACUAUAUACACCUGUGAUUCGCAGCUUUUUACGUGAUUCCACUACUAUUACAAAACAAGAACAAGUAAAAUUGUCAAAAAUUAUUUAUCUAAAAUAUCUUCUUAAAAUCAACGUACCGCACAAUCUUACAUUAUUUUCGUCGAUUCUUGCAGGAAACUGUUGUGGAACUCGAAAAAAUGGAUAGGAGUGAAACGAAAGAUUGAAAAAUUAUCUGCUUUUCAUUUAAGUAUUUGUGAGUUUCUGAAUUUUCACAAGAAAAGGAGAUGACAGUUGUGGAAAUUUCGUUGUGAUCCUAACAUUAAAAAAAGAUGAAAUAGGCACAAAUAUAUGUACAGAUAUCUGUGCAUGUGUGCAUAUAUAUGUAUAUUAUACAUACAUAUAUGUAUAUGUAUACGCAUAAUAUACACAUAUAUAUGCACACAUGCGCGCACACAUAUAUUUUCUUGUAUUUUCAAUUUACAAACUUUGUACAAAGAAUAAUUACAAAGAGAACAUUUACCAAAAUAGGAAAAAUGUAAUAAAAAAGAAAAGGAAGAAAAGAAGAAAAAAGAGCAGGAAAGAAGAUAUACAGAAGACAUAGAAACGAUUCCACGUUUAUAUAAUAUGCACGUUCAUUCCAUUCAGAGAUUAUCAAAUCUGCAUCUCGUAAAUAUCAAAUGUUUCUCUCUUCCUUUUCUUCCAUAAAUGAACAUUUGAUCAUUUCUCUAGCUAAUUGUAAACAUCAUUGAUAUCAUCGCCACCAUCACCACCGUUGUCAUGUGUAGUAUAAUGCAUAAUCACUCUCGUGAAACUGUGCAUUCAUUUCUAUUUUCAUGAUCAAAAAUACGAUGGCAUUUCAUCUAUUAAUUUACGAUCAUACAUUGAUCGCUCUUCAAUCCAUAAAAUCAAUUUGUUGAAUUCUCGUCUUUCCAAUUUCGUAUUCCUUUUGAAUAUAAGGAAGUAUACGAUUUAAGAAGCAAGAGGUGACAUGCCAAUAGUCCUAGGAUCUUGUUGACCUGGUUGUGCUGGAGGUCCUGGUUGUGGACCAGUUUCUAAAUUCUUCAAAAGUUGAUUUAACCAAUGUUUAGUAGAUGCAUCCUCUUGCAAACAUGUCGCAAAUGUAUUAUCUCUAAGUUGAUCUGGCAAACAUUGUCUAAGCGCUAAUAAUGCUCUAUAAAAUAUAUUUAUAUGUUUAUUUGUUCCUUGUUUAUUUUUUAAUAGAAAUAUUGUUUAUUA